GUUCCGGUGGCUUGACUGGCGGGCGGCGCGCGGGUCUUCUCCAGUGCCCGGUUCGGUUCGGCGGAGUUAUGGAGGAUCUCGUGCUCGACAGCGACAGAGUGGAAGCCUGGCUAGACGAUCACGCGCACUUCGCGCACCACUACUUCGUCCGCAAGGCGAGCAGGGAGAUGGUAAAUGCCUGGUUCGCUGAGCGCUGUCAUUCUAUCCAGACCUCGUCUAGAGAGGGGUCGCGACCCCUGGCGGAACUCUGUCCCUUGCUGCCUGACCUUUCACCCUCCCCAAGCCCCGCCCCCUCCACGCCCACACGCAAGAUCUCCGCCUCCGAGUUCGACCGCCCGCUCCGGCCAAUCGUAGUGAAGGACGCCGAGGGAGCGCUCACCUUCCUGAGCGACUCUGAGCACGUGCAGAUGCCCCUCCGCACCGCCACCGCCCGGCCUGAAGAGGGCGCCGCAGGCGGCGGCGGCGGCGGCGGCGUUGCCGGCGGCGACCGUUGCUCGCGGCUGCUGGAGCUGGUGCGUGACGUGACGAGCCACCUGGACGUCCCCGCGCUGUGCCACCGCAUCUUCCUGCACAUCCACCAGCUGAUCGCCGCCGACCGCUACUCGCUCUUCCUGGUGUGCCAGGACGCCUCCAGCAGCAGGUUCCUCGUGAGCCGCCUCUUCGACGUGGCCGAGGGCUCCACCCUGGAGCAGGCCUCCAGCAGCACCAUACGCCUGCCCUGGAGCAAAGGCAUCGUGGGACACGUCGCCGCCACGGGGGAGCCCCUCAACAUCAGGGACGCCUACCAGGACCCCAGAUUCAAUGCAGAGGUGGACCAGAUCACUGGAUACAAGACCCAGAGUAUCCUGUGUAUGCCCAUCAAGAACCAUAGAGAUGAGGUAGUGGGCGUGGCUCAGGCCAUCAAUAAGAAGUGUGGAGAGAACAGCGCCUUCACCGAGCAGGACGAGAAGGACUUCUCCGCCUACUUGGCCUUCUCAGGAAUCGUGUUACACAACGCACAGCUGUACGAGACCUCCCAGCUGGAGAACAGGCGCAACCAGGUCCUGUUAGACCUGGCCAGUGUGAUCUUUGAGGAGCAGCAGUGUCUGGAGGUUCUGCUGAGGAAGAUCGCCGGCACCAUCCUCUCCUUCAUGCAGGCUCAGAGCUGCACCAUCUUCAUCACAGAUGCAGACAAUAUGAAUUCCUUUUCCAGUGUGUUCUACAUGGACUGUGAGGAACUCCAAGGAGCAGUGGAAUUCACCAACAGAGAGCACGACGCCAGUAAGAUCAACUACAUGUAUGCCCAGUAUGUGAAGAACACCGUGGAGCCUCUGAACAUCUCAGACGCCACAAGAGACCAGCGCUUCACCUGGACCAGUGAUGACCCUGAGUCCUCCUGCAGACAGAUCCAGAGUUUGCUCUGCGCCCCCAUACGCAACGGCAAGAAGGACAAAGUCAUAGGUGUGUGCCAGCUGGUGAAUAAGACGGACGAGGCGUCGGGAGAGGUGCGGGCGUUCAACCGUAACGAUGAGCAGUUCCUGGAGGCUUUCGCCAUCUUCUGCGGCCUCGGCAUCCAGAACACUCAGAUGUACGAGACCGUGGAGAGAGCUAUGGCCAAGCAGGCCGUCACACUAGAGGUCCUGUCCUAUCAUGCUUCUGCAGCAGAGGAGGAGUCAAGGGCUCUCCAGGUAACUGCGGCGGUCACCAUCCCCUCUGCCCAGUCCCUGCGUCUGAUGGACUUCAGCUUCAGUGAUUUCGAGCUGUCUGACCACGAGACCACGCAAGCCGCCAUGCGCAUGUUCGUCGACCUCAAACUGGUGCAGAACUUCCAGAUCAAAUACACGGAUCUGUGUCAGUGGGUUCUGAGUGUGAAGAAGAACUACAGGAAGAACGUGGCCUACCACAACUGGAGACACGCCCUGAAUACGGCCCAGUGCAUGUUCGCCGUGCUGCGCUCUGGGAAACUACAGAAUAAGAUGAGUGAGCUGGAGAUCUUGGCCCUGAUGAUUGCGACUCUCAGCCACGACCUGGACCACCGAGGGGUCAACAACUCCUACAUCAAGAGGAGUGAGCACCCUCUUGCUCAGCUGUACUGCCACUCCACUAUGGAGCAUCACCACUUUGACCAGUGCCUCAUGAUCCUCAAUAGCCCCGGUAGCCAGGUGUUGAGUGGGCUGUCUCUGGACGAGUAUAAGGUCACUCUGAAGAUGAUUGAGAAGGCCAUCCUGGCCACUGACCUGGCGCUCUACAUGAAGAAGCGGGGGGAGUUCUUUGAUCUGGCCCACAGCAACGAGUUUGAGUGGGAGGAUGGCUACCACAGGGAGCUGCUCAGGUCCAUGUUGAUGACCGCGUGUGACAUCUCUGCCAUCACCAAACCCUGGCCAGUGCAGAAGAAGAUAGCGGAGCUGGUGGCCACAGAGUUCUUUGAGCAAGGAGACAAGGAGAGGAGAGAGCUGAACAUUGAGCCGAUCGACCUGAUGAACCGAGAGAAGCGUGAUCAGAUCCCCAGCAUGCAGGUCUCCUUCAUCGACGGCAUCUGCACUCAGCUCUACGAGACGCUGUCGGGCCUGUCUGAGGACUGUCUCCCCCUGCUGGAGGGCUGCAGGAAGAACAGGCAGAACUGGCAGCUGUUGGCCGAGCAGGGCGACGAGGCUGACCUCCUCAACGGCUCGCUGUGACACGCGUCACUCAGAGGAUGUUCCGUUACCCCACAUUCCACAGGGGGUGUUCCGUUACCCCACAUUCCACAGGGGGUGUUCCGUUACCCCACAUUCCACAGGGGGUGUUCCGUUACCCCACAUUCCACAGGGGGUGUUCCUAUUCCCUUGUCCAUGUUCCAAGGGCAUGUUCAUCAUGGUCCAACUCCACAUGUUCACGUUCCUUAGUCCUUCCUUGGGCAUAUUCACCUCCCUCCAGCAGUGCACCCAUGAACAUUUCCCUCUCGAACGUGCCCCUUCCCUCCAGCAGUGCACCCAUGAACUCUUCCCUCUCGAACGUGCCCCUUCCCUCCAGCAGUGCACCCAUGAACUCUUCCCUCUCGAACGUGCCCCUUCCCUCCAGCAGUGCACCCAUGAACUCUUCCCUCUCGAACGUGCACCUUCCCUCCAGCAGUGCACCCAUGAACUCUUCCCUCUCGAACGUGCCCCUUCCCUCCACCCCAACCCCUCAUAGAGGUGGCAUUGACACUAAGCUUUAUUUAUUGCCAUAGUUUUAUAGUUUUAUUUUUUAAACUGUAAGUUUGUGUAGUUCACUUUCACAGGUAGCUGACAGGGAAGUUAUUUAUACAUUUCAGAAUGUUUACACACACACACACACACACACACAUAGCACCGUAUACACUGUAGCAGCUAGGAGCUCCUCAGAGAGCAUGACCACACACACAUCUGUGUGUGUGUUAACAUUCUACACACAGCUUUGUGUGUGUAUGUUAGAAUACACUAUAGCAGGUAGGUACACCCUAGUGUGCAUGUCCACUCACAUCUGAGUGUGUUGGUGUGUGUGUGUGUUAACACCGGUCUACACACACACAUCUGAGUGUGUUGGUGUGUGUGUGUUAACACUGGUCUACACACACACAUCUUAGUGUGUUGGUGUGUGUGUGUUAACACCGGUCUACACACACACACACGCCUGUGUGUUUGUAUCUUAGUCAACACUUUUCAUGAGAGAGACUGUUUUGUUUGUCACUUUAUUGUGCCACACACAUCUUAUAUUGACGUUUAUUAUCUAUAAAACACACGACGGCGCCUUCCAGAAGAGAACAUGUGGAAACACCUUUGCUACAUUCAGCCCAAUCUGGAGCAGAUUACAGAUUAGAGAAUCACAUCUGAAUACGGACCAUAAUCUGGAGCAGAUUAGAGAAGCACAUCUGAAUACGGACCAUAAAUCUGGAGCAGAUUAGAGAUUAGCCAUGUCAAUCACAGCGAAAACCAGACGUGUGAGAGUGUGUGUGUGUGUGCGCUCCGUCUCUGGUGAGGCAUGAAACAGUUCACAGGUCGGCCGCUCUUUUACACUCGCCUCUCAGCAGGUGUUGCCUAUUCAGCCACUGUGUGUGUGUGUGUGUGUGUGUGUGUGUGUACUUGCACAGGCGGGGGAUGUUAAAGUGUGUUCCUAUUCACACACACACAGGCGCGCGCGGGCAGCUGUUUGAUGUCCUUGAAUGAGAGCUGAGCGCGUAGCAGCCAGUAGGCAGACACCAGCGCAACCAGCUCUCAAUGCCAACGCCAUUAUUCCUUUAUUCAGUCAGUUUAUUCAGUGCCAAUGUGUGUGUGUGUGUGUGAGAGAGAGACAGAACAUUAGAAUACUAUUUCUGAAGCCAUGACAGCUGUAGGGCAAAAUUUGAAUACUUUUUGUGUAUGUGUGUGUGUGUGUGUGACAGCUGUCAGGCAAAUGGACAAGGACCAAAACUGAAGCACGUCUAUUUUUCACAUACAAUCGAGGGAACAGAGCCCACAGAAACCUUCUGAUUGUCUUAAAUACACCCACACACACACACACACAUAGAGACACACACACUCUGGCAAACGCCUCUUUUCCAGACAGUAGAGAUCUAGACCAAACCAGUGCGGUGUCCCAAGCGGUUCUACGGCAGACCAAGGAGGGUUCUGAACAGGAUCCGCACCCAAGAGGGGUUCCCCUCAGGCUGAUGUUCUGCAUGUUCUCCUGAUGGGGUUCCCCUCAGGCUGAUGUUCUGCAUGUUCUCCUGAUGGGGUUCCCCUCAGGCUGAUGUUCUGCAUUUUCUCCUGGUGGGUUCCCCUCAGGCUGAUGUUCUGCAUGUUCUCUUGGUGGGGUUCCCUCAGGCAUGUUCUCCUGGUGGGUUCCCCUCAGGCUGAUGUUCUACAUGUUCUCCUGGAAGCGUCGUGUCUUUAGGAGCUGCUGCACUUUGUAGAGGACGUCUCUAGGGUUGCCAUUUUGUACUGAACUUUUCCAGAGCCUUUAUUUAUGAACUUGUGUCAAACUUGUUUUUUUCUCUUUUUAAAUAUACAAAAAUACAG